AUGGGGAAGAGGUUUUCUGAAUCAGCAGCAAAAAAGGCACAAGGCCAAGCUAGAAAGCGUGAGCAGGCAGCAGCCCAGCAGAGGGCUGAGCAUGCCAGGCAGGAGGCUGAGGAGGCUGCCAAAUGGGAGGAGGGCGCUCGCAGGCCCAGCCAGAAGAAGCUCUCCGAAGAGCAGAAGAGGCAGGAGAAACUGAAGGCCAAGAAAGAACGGGAAGAGCUCCUGGCAGCUGAGGAAUCCGAUAUCGCCAAGGAAGGGAGGAGUAAGAGAAGAAUGUAA